UUCGGUACCUGGAAGAGGAGAACCGAGGAACUGCGGUGCUUGGAAUAAACAGAGCUUAUGCCAAAAACCCAUUCAGUAAAAGCUGAUUAAAAAUGCUCUCAAAAGCUGUGGAUGCUUUCAAAUCUGAUUCAAAAGCGCGGACGGUAAUAGUCAGGAGUGAAGUCCCAGGAAUAUUCUGUGCUGGUGCUGACCUUAAGAAGAGAGUCCAAGUGAAUCCCAGUGAAGUUGGUCCUUUUGUCUCCAAAAUGAGAGCAGUGAUGAAUGAAAUAGAGGCAGGGGGGGCACAGCCACUGCCAGGCGGUAUCGGGAUGGUCCUCAUCAAAGACUUCAUCUUCUCUGCACGUGUGCUCCAUGGCCAAGAAGCCAAAGCAGUGGGCUUGAUCAGCCACGUUCUAGAACAGAACCAGGCAGGAAUGCUGCCCAGCCCACGCAAGGCCUUGGACCUGGCAGGAAAGUUUUUACCUCAGGGACCUGUUGCAAUAAAAAUGGCAAAAUUAGCAGUUAAUCAAGGGAUGGAGAUUGAUUUAGUAACAGGGUUCGCCAUAGAAGCAGCUUGUUAUGCUCAGACUCUUCCAACAAAAGACAAGCUUGAAGGUCUUCUUGCUUGUAAAGAGAAAAGGUCUCCUCGCUCUAAAAGAGAAUAGA